CGUGUUACGCACGCGCCGGAAGUGGGCUUGCGGACUGGGACCAGACGUCGCGGGCGCUGGUGGGCCCGGGACUCCGUGUGACGCCUUAGACAAGGCAGCUUCACGGCGUUAGGAGGCGUCCAUUGCCAUGACGGCCCAGGGCAGCCUGGUGGCCAACCGAGGCCGGCGCUUCAAGUGGGCCAUUGAGCUGAGCGGGCCUGGAGGAGGCAGCAGGGGCCGAAGUGACCGGGGCGGCGGCCAGGGCGACUCGCUGUACCCCGUUGGUUACUUGGACAAGCAAGUGCCGGAUACCAGCGUGCAAGAGACGGACCGGAUCCUGGUGGAGAAGCGCUGUUGGGACAUUUUGGGUCCCCCCCUCAAACAGAUUCCCAUGAACCUCUUCAUCAUGUACAUGGCAGGCAAUACUAUCUCCAUCUUUCCUACUAUGAUGGUGUGUAUGAUGGCUUGGCGACCCAUUCAGGCACUUAUGGCCAUUUCAGCCACUUUCAAGAUGCUAGAAAGUUCAAGCCAGAAGUUCCUUCAGGGUUUGGUGUAUCUCAUUGGAAAUCUCAUGGGUUUGGCAUUGGCUGUUUAUAAGUGCCAGUCCAUGGGACUAUUGCCUACACAUGCAUCAGACUGGUUAGCCUUCAUUGAACCUCCUGAGAGGAUGGAGUUCAGUGGUGGUGGACUGCUUUUGUGAACCUGAGAAAGCACCUGGUGACCAUGUAUUUGGAUCUCAUUUACAACCUUCUUUACCCCCAGUGAUGACUCCUCAGCAUAUUCACCCUUAACAUUAUCACUCGUGCUGAAAAGAACUGAAAGCACCCUUUUUUCCAGGGUGAGGAGACAUCCUAGAAAGAUAAUGUAUAUAUCACUACAAACACAAAGAAACUAUGCCACAACCCUUGACUGAAAAUAAUGUAGAAAACUUUAUUUAUGUUUUCAGUAUAGAGCAAAACAACAAAUAAAACCGUAACUAUGUAAACAAAAGAAUAGUUGCUGCUAAACCAAGAACCACAGCAGCAUCUCCUUUCAAUAAAUUAAAUGGUCAAGAACAGUGCUUUAAAAAAA